AUGACGGUCGGAAAUGUAGAGUAUAGCCAAGCUCGAAAAUUCAGCAUUGUUGAAAAGGAGCUUCCUAGCAUACGUGCUCACGAUAUCCUCGUAUGUCCUAAAACCAUCAGGGAUCAUACACAAUGGCUCAUACUAUUCCAGAUCAAAGUGAAAGCCUGCGGUGUCUGUGGUACCGACCUGCAUAUCCAUGAGGGUGAAUUCGGAGCCCAAUUCCCCCUAGUACCUGGCCAUGAAACCGUCGGCAUUGUCGCAGCAUUCGGCACCGACGUCGUUGACUUCACAGUAGGGGAUCGCGUGGUAGCCGACAACUCGGAACUAUGCGGACACUGUCACUAUUGCCGCCGAGGCAAAGAGCUCUUCUGCGAGAACUUUAUCGCCCAUGGCGUGAUGGUCGAUGGCGGAUUUGCCGAAUACGCCGCCUACCCUGCGCAUCGCGUAUUCAAGAUCAAGAACCUGUCAGACGCCGAUGCCACCUUAUUGGAGCCUGCAGCCUGUGCGGCACACGGGCUGGAUAAGAUAUCCCCACAAAUGGGAUCCAGUGUUCUUCUGUUCGGCGCCGGUCCGACAGGACUAGUGCUAGCUCAACUGCUUCGCCAAAAUGGUGGCUGUCGUACUGUUAUUGCUGCACCGGCCGGAUUGAAGAUGGAGCUGGCCAAGUCUCUUGAUGCUGCGGAUGAGUUUGUCGAGCUGCCAAGGGAAGAAGAAGACGCCGCGGCUGCUAGGUUGGAGCAGCUACGAAGGGAAUAUCCGUACGGCUUUGAUAUCGUUGUGGAGGCGACGGGUAGUGAAAGGGUUCUGGAGAACGCCCUACACUUUGUCACCAAAGGUGGAAAGUUGGUAGUGUAUGGGGUUUACAAUGAUGAGAGCCGCAUCUCGCUGUCACCGAAUAAGAUCUUCAAGGAGGAGAUCCAUGUCCUGGGUUCUUUCAGUCAGACGUACAAAUUUCCAGCUGCCAUCGAUUAUCUUGAUCGUGGAAGAGUUAAUGUGUCUGGAAUUGUCAACAAGACAUUCAAAUUGGAUGAGUGGGAGAUGUGCCUUGAUGCGAUGAGGCGAAAGUCAGUUGUCAAGGCUGCUAUUGUCUUUUAG